ACCUUUAUCGAUUCGUUCCUCAUCUCUUACCUCGAUCCCCUGUUCCGCCACCGCCCAACCCGAGCGCUGGCCGCUGGCCGCAUCGCCGCCACAGAGAAGUCGCGCCGCCUCUGCUCGAGUCCACACCCAGCGUCCCAUCCGCUCAAUUCCAUACCUCCACCCGCCGCUCUAGUCCACAGCCCACGCCGCCUCCUAUCGGCUCUCGAAUCCACUCGUCCACCGGCCGCAAGAUCUGCCGCCCGUGUCCACGGACGGAAGACAGGGAGACGGCGGGAGCGCAGGACAUCGCCUCCGCCCGACCAUUACCUUGGACGCUGCUUCUCCACAAUCUGGCGGGGGGGGGGGGGCUACUUCUCCACGUCGUCAGACCACGGCAGCUAAGGUUUGAGAGAUCGAGCUUCAGAACUCCCUGCUGUGCCUCUCUUUUAAUUUUGUCUUUAAAGGACCACACGACGCAUUCCAUUACAUAAUAGUACUGGGUAUAUCGCUGGAUCAUAAUGUUCAGAAUUCAGAAUUCCAUUGCCUUCACACAAUGCCAAUUGUGUUUCCCAUAACUUGUGAAAAACUAACCUACCACAUCUCAAUGCCUUGUUGUGCUGUUAGAGCUACAAAUGAAAUCUUGCAUUUAGAGCGUUGUGAGUCACAACGCAUACUGCAAAAUAUGAUGUCGACUUUGGCUUAGCUCAGUAUUACAAAAUUAUUCAGAAAUCAAUAUGCAUGCUGCAACAUUAUCAUUUAGAUUAGGAUGUAUUCCUGAGAACCCCAAUCCUCUGUCUGCAACCAUUAGAACAGACAAUUUUAUUACCUCUGUCAUAAAAGGCACAACCAUGUAUUUUGCGUUGAGCCCAUCAGUGCAAAAUUAAUUAUGUAUUAUAAUAAAUUAGCUGUUUGAAAGUACUGAUGGUUCAAUACAAUUUCAAUUUUUUAGCAUUAUAAUAAAUUCACUAAUGACAUUUGCUACUUUAACACAGCGAGUCGAUGGAUCUAACAGCCAUUAAAAAGUUACUCAGUUCUCGUAGACCAAGUGCAGACUACUUGGCUGGCGUAGAUGGUUUCCUUGAUUUUGCAUACACUGGAAAAAGUUCAGAUGCCAAGAUCCAUUGUCCAUGCGUCAGAUGUGUCAAUAGGAACUUGUUGAAGCGAGACACCGUAUAUGAUCAUUUGGUGUGUAAUGGAAUGCUACUUCGAUACACAGUUUGGGGUUGUCAUGGUGAAACUGCAGGAUACAUCUCCUCUAACAAACGAAAAAGGUCAAAACAGGAAGGCAUAAACUCUAAUAUGCGCCAGCUAGUCCAUGAUGUUUUCGGGAACAUAGAUAAUGGGUCUCAAGUGAAUGACUUCGAUGACCCAAACCCUCCAGAACAUGGACCAGAUCCUGAAACCCAAUCUUUUUAUGACUUGUUGAGAGAUGCAGAUGUACCUUUGUGGGACGGGUGUGAACUAUCAAAACUUUCUUUCCUUGUGCUUCUGUUCAACAUAAAAUCCAGUAACAAAUGGAGUAAUAAAUCUAUAAAUGAUUUGCUAGCAGUUCUACAACAAGCAAUUCCAAAUGGCAAGAAUUUACCUGGAACUUUUACCGAGGUCAAGAAGAUCAUUGGAAAGCUUGGGCUUAGUUAUGAGAGAAUUCAUGUUUGUGAAAAAGAUUGUCAGCUUUUUUGGAAAGAGAAGGCUAAUGAUGACUUUUGCUCAGUAUGUGGAGCAUCAAGGUGGAAAAACAAACCUGAUAAAACCGUGCUAACUAACAAGGAAAGGAAAAAAGCAACCCCGAAGAAGGUGCUCCGGUACUUCCCUAUUAAGCCAAGGCUUAAGAGGCUUUUUAUGCACAAGGAAACUGCUAUAGCAUUAAGAUGGCAUGAUGAGGAACACAUAAAAGAUGGAGAAUUGCGACAUUUAGCUGAUUCAGCGGCAUGGAAGGAGAUUGACUCUAAGUAUAAGCACAUCAGAUCAGAUUCUCGAAAUAUUAGAUUCAUAAUCACAGCUGAUGGAUUCAAUCCGUUUGGUAAGCUGAAUAGUAAACAUAGUUGCUGGCCUGUUGUCCUAGUACCCAAUAACCUUCCACCAUGGUUGUGCACGAAGGCAUCUUCUCUUAUGCUCACUCUGCUUAUUCCUGGUCCAACUUACCCUGGAAAGAAUUUCCAUGUAUUCAUGCAACCAGUUUAUGAAGAACUAACCGAGCUGUUUAUGGUAGGAACACAUACAUAUGAUGCAUCUCGAGGUGAGAUGUUUCAACUUUAUGCUGUUGUGUUGUCUAACGUGAGUGACUACCCCGGGCUAGCUCUCUUUGUAGGAUAUAGCGUAAAUGGUGAGUUUGGUUGUUUUCCAUGUCGUGAUGAAACAUGUUCUAAACGCUUGAAAUAUGGGCAGAAGUACUGUUUCAUGGGGCAUCGCCGAUUUCUGCCCCCAGAUCACAAAUUCCGUUUUGAUGCUAGAUCGUUUGAUGGAUCUGAAGAACAUAGAGCGGCACCUAGUGCUUAUGCGGAAACUAGAGUUGUAGAUCAAAUAAAAUCAAUUUCAGAUUUUCAAAAAUCCAAAACAUGGAAGUGUGUCAGUGGCCUAUUCAAUUUGCCUUAUUGGGACUUCAAUUUACUUCAUCACAAUCUUGAUAUCAUGCAUAUUGAGAAGAACGUAUGUGAAAACAUAUAUGGAACACUUCUAGGAAUAGAAGGCAAGUCCAAAGAUAAUUUAAAGGCACGACAAGACCUACAGCACAUGAACAUUAAACGAGAGCUGCAUCCACAAAAAAAACCUAAUGAUAAGUAUUAUCUGCCACCUGCUUCCUAUAACCUAUCUAAAGAAGGGAAGCAACAAUUUUGCGAAGUCCUUCAUCGUGCAAGGGGUCCGAAUGGGUUUUCAGGAAACAUCUCAAGAUGUGCAAAUGUUGUUCAAGGGAGAAUCUCAGGCCUUAAAAGUCAUGAUUGUCAUAUACUAAUGCAACACUUUCUACCACUUGCUAUUCGAGGUCUACUCCCAGAUCAUGUCACAUCUGUGUUGUUCGACCUGUGUGGGUAUUUUAGAGAAGUGAGUGCAAAAGUCCUAUACAUUAGCGAUCUUGAGAAGUUGGAGGAGCGAAUCAUAAUGACAUUAUGUCAUAUGGAGAGAAUAUUCCCACCAGGUUGGUCCAGUGUGCUACCGUUCGAUGUGGUUUGUGGAAAGGUAUAUAGGUAAGCUGAAGUCAAAUGUCCGUAACAAAGCUCGUCCCGAAGGAUCUAUCGCUGAAGCAUUUUUGGCAGAUGAGUGCAUGACAUUCUGUUCAAGAUAUAUUGUCGGUUUUGAGACCAAACAUAACUUGCCUUUGCAGAAUGAAGAUAACGACGAGUGGGUUGGGCAUCAUGAUAUUGCACAUGGAUCAAGAUUAUUUCCACAUUCUGGCAAUCCACUUGGAAAGCCUAGGAAUUAUGUACUAAGCGGUGUGGCAAAAGUACAGGCACAUAGAUAUGUCUUGUUCAAUUGCUCUGAUGUGAAUUCAUACCUUAGGGCUCAUGCUGAUGAGAUCACUAAUGGACGCAAUUUAAACCCUGAUGUUGUCGAGAGGAUUCAAAAUGAUAAGUUCCACGAAUGGUUCCAAGCUCAUAUAAAGAAAUUGGAGAAGGAAAAUGGCAUCCACAACAUUGAAAAGGAUAUUAGAUUGCUCGCCCGGGGCCCAGUAAAUGCAGCCAAAACAUAUUGCGCUUUCAACUCCCGAGGCUACCAUUUUAGGCCUAAACGCUUGGAUAAAGAGACACAAAAUAGUGGAGUCAUGGUAACUGCAAAAACUUCUAGUUAUGCUUCAGCACAUGAUGCCAAUCCUGUUUUACGUGAUGUGACGUACUACGGGAGGGUAAUUGAUAUUGUCGAGCUAAACUACUCUGGACAGUUUUCAGUGUGUUCUCAGAAACAGGAAUGAAAAAAGACAAGUACGGUUACACACUUGUCAACUUCUCACAUCUAAUACACAAAGGAGAAAAGAUUGAGCAUGAGCCUUUUAUUUUCCCUAACCAGGCGAAUCAAGUGUUCUAUGUGGAAGAUGAAUUGAAUCCAGGUUGGUCUGUGGUAAUGAAGUUGCCAAAGCCUAGAGAUUUAUAUGACUUAGGCAACUUGGAAUGGGAAGCGCAGACAGAAAAUGAGCCAUUCCAUGUUUCACAGCUUGGAGAGAGUUUGAAAAUAAAGAACAAUGAAGAACAUUGGGUUAGAACAGACGUUGAGGGGACAAUAGUGGAUGCUAAUAAUGCUUCGAGCAACGAAGAAUAACUGAGGUUCAGACUGCAAUGCUACAUGGAGGCAUGGAGGGGGUGGUCGGCUGUGUGCUUUGUGUUAGUACAAAACAUCCUACUCUUUUCUGCUUGCUGGCUUUCUACUGACUACUUGACCAACUUGCUUGGUGAUAUACUGCUGUGUGAGUCCAUGUGUUGGUCAAAACAUAGUAUACUCUUAUAUUCAUGCUUGGUAAUUCGGUCCGCUGCGACACCACAUGCUUGUUUGGAACAUCAUUUUGUACUUUGGUCAACAACAGUUCAGAAUUGAGAUACACGCAGCUUCUUUGGAACUUUAUUUUUGUAUACAUUGGUUAACAGUUCAGAAUUGGCAUACUCUUGCAGUGUUCA